AAAGAAAGAGUUGCUUUCCCGCUCUCGGAGCUGCGCGCGCUUGUGGAGCUCGAGCAGGGAUGGACUGUAGGCUGUAUAUAUAAGGUUUUGUACAGAGUGUUGGAUUGACGCACGGGAAGCACUGAGGCUUUUCCUCAGUAGGAGGCAGCUCUAAGGUGGAUAACGCUCGCGCACCGAGGAGAGCCAUGCUCCCAGUGGAUUUAUUCUUUUUUCCACCUUGUGGUCUCGUGCGGAUCUGUGUUUUUCCCCCGCGCGUGCGAUCUUUACGCUGCCUGCACACUUCAAAGGAAAACUUUAAAGAUCUAAAGUAAGCCGGUGUAACUGCACGUGAGCUUAUCGGCGUGUCGUGAUUGCGCAAUAAGCGUCACACAGCUUGUCAUGAUCAUGACCGGAUUACCUUUUCUGCAGCUGACCUUUUUCCCCAGCCCGUAGAGGAUGCUGAUGCUGAUGCUGAUGAGGAGGUGCUGAAAAGGACAGCGUCCAUCCCGUUAAACUAGCCUACUUAAUCCAGGAGUGGGGCAAGAUCUCUACCUGUCAUUCCAAGCUGAAGGAAAACGCACAGAGCAGAGACAGGAGUGCAGUUUGGGUCAGGCGGGAUUGGCAGAAGAAUGCUGGUCCCAGGCGUCUGGGGGCAGGAUGGCGUCGUGUUGGCAGAGCAGUCUGGGUGUUAGAUGGUUCCUCUUGAUGCUCUUGUGGCGCUGGGCACCUCUGGGUGCUCUGAGCUGGCUCCUGGCCUCAGCUGAGCGCCCUGAGCCUUUAUCUUUCUCCUCUCUGCCUGGCAAGGCAAGUGUGGCUCAGCUCGACUGGCUCCUGUCAGACAAGGGUCCUUUCCACCGGUGCCCGGAGUAUACUGAAUUCAAGGAGCGUUUUCAACAGGGCUUCUCAACACGAUACAAGAUCUACAGGGAAUUCAGUCACUGGAAAGUGAACAGGUUGGCUACAGAGAAGAGAGAUUUCUUCAAGGGUCCACUGGCUCUGUCUCCUGAAUUCCUACGCAACCUCAGGCUACUUGGAAGAAGGCCGACACUCCAGCAGAUCCAUGAAAACCUUAUCAAGAAAUACGGCACGCACUUCUUAGUAUCAGCCACACUCGGGGGCGAGGAGUCUCUCACCAUCUUCCUGGACAAACAGAAGCUCAGCAAGAAGUCUGAGGUUAACGGCAACAGCUCGACUGUGUCUCUGGAAAUCCUGCACCAGCUGGCUGCAUCGUAUUUCACUGAUAGAGAGAGCACCCUCAGGAGGCUCCACCACCUACAGAUCGCCACCUCUGCCAUUAAGGUAACAGAGACCAGAACAGGGCCUCUGGGAUGCAGUAACUACGACAGCCUGGAUUCUGUCAGCUCAGUGCUGGUGCACAGCCCGGAGAAUAAAAUCCAUCUGAAAGGUUUACAGGAUGUUCUCCCGGACUUCCUGCGCAACCGAUUCGUGGAGGCAGCACUCAGCUAUGUGGCAUGCAAUUCCGAGGGCGAGCUCUUGUGCCGCAACAAUGACUGCUGGUGUCGAUGUUCUGCCAAGUUUCCUGAUUGCAACUGCCCCUUCUUGGAUAUCAGAGCCAUGGAAGAGAGUCUCCGGAAAAGCAGGGAGGCCUGGAUCACCUUGAAUAAUGAGUUUAUUGAGUCAGAUGAGUUUAAGACCUUUCUGAAGAAGCUGCCCACGGAUCACUUUUUGAAUACUUCAGCUAUCCUGAAGUUCUGGAGUUUGGACACAGCCUUGCAGAGGCGCCACGCUCAGCUGGAGACCAGCACAAAACUAAUCUUUGGCAAAGCUAACAAAAUUGUGCGAAAACUCUUUACCCUCAGCAAGCGCUGUCCCAAACAGCCAAAGAUCAACCUGCCCAAAGAAAGGACAUUGGGUUUCUGGUUGAACAGAGUUCAGUCUCUGUUGUACUGCAACGAGCAUGGAGUUCUUGGAUCUUUCUCAGAGGAAGUGCAUUACUGCUUGUGUCCUACAGAACAGGGCAACAUUUGCCAGGGUACAGUUCCUUGUCAGGUGGGCGAUAGUACACUGUGUUCCUUGUGUGCCCCGGACAAUGUAACCCGCUGUGGCACAUGCAUGCCUGGAAGCUUCCUGCAGCUGGGUACAUGCCGGCCAGCCGUGGCCAUCUCACUAGACCAUUAUGUGAACUUUGACCUGGACAUGGUAGAUGCAGAAGUACACCACCUGCUGCAGCGUCUGGAUGGGCGUCUGGAGGUGCGUGCAAUCUACAUUAGCAACGAUGUGCGUUUGGGUAGCUGGUUCAACCCAGCUUGGCGUAAGCGUAUGCUGCUUACACUCAAGAGCAACAAGAACAAGUCCAACCUGGUGCACAUGCUCAUGGGAAUCUCUUUCCAGAUCUGCACCACACAAAACAGCACGUUGGAGCCUGUGCCUGCCAUCUACGUCAACCCAUUUGGGGGAAGCCAUUCAGAGAGCUGGUUCAUGCCCGUCAAGCAGAAUGACUUCCCUGACUGGCAGCGAACUAAACUGGACACGCCACUGCCAUGUUACAAUUGGACGCUGGCGAUGGGCACUAAAUGGAAGUCCUUCUUCGAGACAGUGCAUGUCUACUUGCGCAGCCGUAUCCUCACAGAUGACCCAGGUGUCAACGAGACCCUUUUCUAUGAGCCGUUGGAAAUGGAUUCUGCUAACCUGGGGUACAUGAAGAUCAACAGUCUGAGGGUAUUCGGUUAUAGCAUGCACUUCGAUUCCGAUAGUGUCAAGGAGCUGAUCUCACAGUUGGACUACCCAUACACACAGGGCACACAGGACGCUGCUUUUCUGGCACUUAUGGAGAUUCGUGACCGUGUAAAUCGACUCACGCCACCUGCCGAACGCCCGCUCGACCUCUUCUCUUGCCUGCUUCGCCACCGGCUCAAGCUCUCAGCCAGUGAGGUGGCGCGUGUCCGCGACUCGCUUCACAGCUUCAGUGCCAAGUUGCCCAGUUCCUCUAAACCUGAACUCGCCCAGCUGUGCAGCUAGCUCAUACAAUUCUCUCCUGCCUGGGAGUGUAUGUGUGUGUGUGUGUGUGUGUGUGUGUGUGUGUGUGUGUGUGUGUGUGUGUGUGUGUGUGUGUGUGUGUGUGUGUGUGUGUGUGCGUGCGU